AGCAACGGAGAAGAGAGGACGGGAACGCUUCUGUGACGCCGAACAAACAAACGAAUAUUUCUCUUCCAAACACGACAGUGAAGAAUUAUUUGUCGAUAUUAUAGUACGGCUGCCUCCACGGCCGACUAGCAAGCUAAAGCAGCAGUGCGUUGUUUUCUUUGAUUUGGUUUGGGGUUGAAAAUGGGGCUUUUUUGUUUGGACUUCUAAAGACGGACAAAGCUCCAAUCUCUCUAUUCAGGAUGAGCGCAAGCAGCACGGGCUCUGGAUCGGCGCUCUGCCGCUUCGCCCAUUACUUCGUAGUAUGUGGAAUUGACACAGAAACGGGUUUGGAGCCCGACGAAUUGGCUGCUUUGUACGAAUGGCUAGAGGCAGAUCGACAGGGCAGGGACCCAGAGACUGCGACUAAAGGGGAGAACUUUGACCAGAGCCCCUUGAAAAGAACAUUUAAAUCUAAGGUGCUAGCCCACUAUCCUGAGAAUGUGGAGUGUAACCCGUUUGACCAGGAUGCAGUUAACAUGCUCUGCCUGCCCAAAGGCCUGUCUUUUCGCACUCAGAAGGACAACAGGGAUCCACAGUUCCACUCUUUUCUCAUCACCAAAGAGGAUGGCACUCGCACCUAUGGUUUCGUCUUCACUUUCUACGAGGAGGUGACCAGCCCGCAGAUCUGUGCCGCCAUGCAGACGCUGCACCAGAUGCAUCACGCCGAGCACGCUUCUUCCCCCACCAACCCCUGCCCUACCUCCUCUUCCUCCUCCUCUUCCUCCACUUCCUCCUCCUCCUCCAGCAUGGACUCAUUAGCCAGCAGCUUGGACGAAGCGGAGACCCCGUCGUCUUCAUCCUCUCAGGUCAGCGGUGCCGGUUCUUGCGGGGCCUGUUCCGGUUCGGGGGGAUACGACGCGUCUCGCGACACGCUGUACGUGUCCAAGGCUCUGUGUCUGAUUGCGCCCAUGCCUUUCAUGCACGCCUGCAAACGCUUUCUGGAGCAGCUGCACCGGGCUGUUACAUCCCCUCAACCUCCACCGCUGCCACUGGAGAGCUACAUCCACAACGUCCUGUACGAGGUGCCACUCCCGCCGCCCGGGCGCUCCCUCAAGUUCCAUGCCAUCUACCAGCCCAUCGUAUGCCAGCGCCCAGGCCCCAGAGAACUGCCCCUGGCCGACUUUCCCCUGGGUCAGGCCUUCCAGCUGCUGGGGGUGGAGAAUCUAGUGCAGCUCUUCACCUGUGUACUGCUGGAGAUGCAGAUACUGCUCUACUCACAGGAUUAUCAGAGGUUGAUGGUGGUGGCUGAAAGUAUCAACACCCUGCUCUUCCCAUUCCAGUGGCAGCAUGUCUAUGUGCCCAUCCUGCCUGCUUCGCUGCUGCACUUCCUGGACGCCCCAGUGCCCUACCUCAUGGGCCUGCAGUCUAAAGAAGACACUGACCGCUCCAAACUGGAGCUGCCUCAGGAGGCUAACCUGUGUUUUGUUGACAUUGAUAACCACUGCAUCGAGCUGCCGGAGGACUUUCCCCAGUUUCCCAAUAAGACGGAGUUUAUCCAGGAGCUGAGUGAGGUACUGCUCCACUUUGGCGUGUCUCCAGAGGGAGGCGCCACAUCUCCCACUACCACCACCACCACCACUCAGAACUCCACGCCAGGAACUGAGCUCAAAAACAACGUGUUGAAGGAGUUAGUCGACGACGGACGUAACGGCAACAUUGGCGGCCGAGCCGUAGACGUGCUGGAGCUCCUCCAGGGCAACGCCACACUGGAGCGCCUGCAGGCUCUAGCCAAGCGGACUGGGGUCAGCGUGGGCCACCUGGAGGCCCUGAGCAGGGCUCACGCAUCGACGGGAGAGGCUGGGAGAGACGGAGGACGGAUGAGCGCGGCAGAUGAAGAGGAGCUGAGGAACGCCAAGCUGACCGUUCAGCUCCGGGAAGUGUUUGCCGGACGUUUCACUGCCAUGUUUGCCGAUUAUGAGGCGUUUGUCAUCCAGAGUGCUCCUGAUUUAGAGUCUUGGCUGACUAACCGAGAACAGAUGCACAAUUUUGACAAGGCCUCCUUCCUGUCAGACCAGCCGGAGCCCUACCUGCCUUUCCUGUCGCGUUUCAUUGAGACUCAGAUGUUUGCCACCUUCAUUGACAACAAGAUCAUGUCUCAGUGGGAGGAGAAAGAGCCUCUUCUCCGCGUUUUUGACGGGCGCAUUGAAAAGGCUCGUCUGUACAACGUUCGCGCACCCAGCCUGCGAUCCUCCAAGUACCAGAAGUGCACUGUCCUCAAAGAGUCGACCCAGGCCAUUGAACAGCGGCUGAUGAAGAUUGACCACACAGCUAUCCACCCACAUCUGCUGGACAUGAAGAUUGGCCAGGGCAAGUACCAACAGGGCUUCUUCCCCAAACUACAGGCUGACGUGUUAGCCUCGGGACCAACCAAUAACAAUAGGUGGUCCAACCGUACUGCCACAGCUCAGCGCAGGACAGACAGACACAAACAGCACUCUGAGCAUCUGGGGCUGGACAAUGACCUUAAAGAGCAGGUGGAGGGCUGUUUGGUCCUGCAGAACUCCAUGGCUUUCUGGGAGUGGGACAAGGCACCACCCCCGCCUCUUAAACCGCCCAAAAAGUCCUUCUCUGCCUGCUGCCUGAAAUACAUGCAGGAGGCGCGGAGUCUAGGGAAGAGCCUGAGGCAGCCUAAACUGUCGGAUCUCUCCCCUGCUGUCAUCGCCCAGACCAACUGGAAAUUUGUGGAGGGGCUACUGAAGGAAUGUAGGAUGAAGACGAAGCGUAUGUUGGUGGCGAAGAUGGGCCGUGAGGCAGUGGAGCUGGGACAUGGAGAAGCCAGUAUCACAGGUCUGGAGGAGAACACCCUCAUCGCCAGCCUGUGUGAUUUAUUAGAGAGAAUAUGGAGCCAUGGGCUUCAGGUCAAACAGGGAAAAUCGGCUCUGUGGUCUCACUUACUGCACUAUCAGGCCAGAGAGGAAAAAGUCCUACAACAACAGGCUGAGUCACCAGUCUCUAAUGGGUCAGAGAGGCGAAGGUCUGAGUCGGGUAUCGGCCUGCCGACACUGCGUGUGUCACUCACUCAGGAUAUGAGACACAUCCAGAACAUGAGUGAGAUAAAGACUGAAGUGGGGCGGGCUCGGGCCUGGAUCCGUCUGUCUUUAGAGAAGAAGCUGCUCUCUCAGCACCUCAAACAAUUACUGUCCCUCCACCCCCUAACAAAGAGACUGUAUAAGCGGUAUGCCUUCCUGCGCUGUGAAGAAGAGAAAGAACAGUUCCUCUUUCACCUCCUGAGUCUCAACGCCGUUGAUUACUUCUGUUUUACUAAUGUCUUCACAACUAUCAUGAUCCCAUACCGUGCCGUAAUAAUCCCCAUUAAGAAGUUAAGUAACGCCAUGACAACCUCAAAUCCGUGGGUGUGUGUAUCGGGUGAGCUGGGCGAUUCCGGUAUCAUGCAGAUACCAAAGAACGUUCUGGAGAUGACAUUUGAUUCUGCCUUUAGGCCUCACACGCACAUCUCUACUGUGUUCAAGUGUCAGAACCUUGGGAAACUGACCACAGUCCAGAUUGGUCAUGAUAACUCAGGUCUGCUGGCCAAGUGGCUGGUUGACUGUGUGAUGGUUCGCAACGAGAUCACGGGCCACACAUAUAAGUUCCCUUGUGGUCGGUGGCUUGGAAAGGGUGUGGAUGACGGUAGCUUGGAGAGAGUUCUGAUUGGUGAACUGGUUGUUCCAGCCAGUGAGGAGGACGGAGGGAGAGGAUCCCGAACUCCCCCUCUUCAGCGCUCACCCUCGCAGAUACGACGAAUAAGUAUCACCUCCUUGAGUGGCCGUGGUAACAAGCCAAACUCAGCACAGAUACAGGAGAGCAUUGGAGAAGCAGUCAACAACAUUGUGAAACACUUCCACAAACCUGAAAAAGAGAGAGGUAAUCUAACCAUUCUGCUGUGUGGUGAAGGAGGGCUUGUCGGAGCGCUAGAGCAGUUCUUCCACCAUGGCUUCAGAACAGCCCGUCUUUUCCAGAAAAAUGUCUUUGUGUGGGACUUUAUAGAGAAAGCAGUGCUUUACAUGGAGAAUGCUGAUCAGAUGGGGGACUUGGCAGAGGUGCCUCAGCCUGUCAGUCUGAACGGUGACACACUCUGUCGUUAUGUCAACGCCGUCAACAACACACCACGAAGCAUCGGCAAGGACGGCAAGUUCCAGCUGCUUGUCUGCCUCGGAGCCAGGGACCAACUACUGAUCCAGUGGCUCCCUCUCCUGGUGGAGUGUCCAGUCAUCACGCGUAUGUACGAAGAGACGGCUUUACUGCGUGACCGCACCACGGUCAACUCACUCAUCGGGGUCCUGCAGACCCUCCACGAUUUCCCCAUCACCCUGGAAACCUCCCUCACAAAGGGCAUUGACUUGUAGCCUUUGGAAAUCCUGGGAAAUGUAGUCAGGCCUGACCGCCAACCCAUCCUUCCCUCCAUUCGCUGUCAUUUUCAGGCCCCAGCACAGCUGAGCGCGCAACAGCAGAAACCACAGUGACCUUUAAAGGGAAAAAAGCCUGAACAUUUUAAAUGUUUCCUUAUUUUCCAUUUCAUCUAUUCUUUUUUCUUUCCUUUGUUUUACUUUAAGUUAUGGCCCUUAUACACACAAUGGGGGAGACACUUGGAGAGCAGAGUCAUAGCAGUAGGAGAGGCCUCAGUUUUUGGAUCACCAUAAGGUCCAGUGUUAUCUCCACUCUUGCAUUUGAUGGAAAGCUUUAUGGACUUAGAGUUGUGACUUAGACUUGUUUUUAUAUUUUCAGACUUUGUUCUUGCUAAUUGCAUCCAUAUAUCCUAUGCCACAAGGUUUCAGGGAGGAGAGCAUUGAUCUCUUGUAUUUGUCUUUGUACUUCACCAUCUUGGAUGGCAGUGUAGAGAGCAUUAUUUACAGUUCACUAUGAACCAAACAAGAAGGAAACAACAAAGAAACGAACAGGUUCUACCCUUGUGGGAUGAACUAGAGCAGAACACAGGAAUACACAAACACAAUUGCUCUGUGAGCCCUAAACAACAGAGUGCUUCAGCUUAAUCUGACAAUAAAGUGACUGUUAUCAGAGGAACAUCAUUGUAUUGAACAUAACUUACAGUGGCAAGUCAUGCACAUGACUGCUAUAGUUUUAAAACCAAAUCCAUGCUUGUGAGGGAAUUGGCCGUCGAUGUGAAAGAGACAGACCCACAGAAAUGGAGCAUGUUAUACUUUGUAACUGGAUGAGGGUUUGGUGAUGCAGCUGCACAAACAGCUUUAUCUCUUCAAGUUGGAGCACUGGAACUUUGUGACAAAUGGACAUUCCAACAAAAUAAUGUGAAAAUACAUCACUGAAUUAUGUGUUUGGUCCUUGUGCAUGUGUGUGUGUGUGUGUGUGUGUGUGUGUGUGUGUGUGCAGAUGUGUGUUUGUGUAUUUGAGUGUGUACUUGCUUAUUCUUUUGUUGUGUAGUUUUUCUAUUAGUAAUGGAAGUGCAAGGAAAGAUCAGACAAAAUAUUAAAAGUAAUUCUCUAGGUAUCAUCAUUUGCAGCUCUGUGUGUGUGUGUGUGCGCGUGUGCGCGUGUGCGCGUGUGUGCGUGUGUGUGUGUGUAAGCAAGUGAGUAAGUGGAGACUUCAAGACAAUGUGUGUAAUUUGCCAAUUAACAUUACCCAAGAACUGUUAAUGUAUUUUAAAACAAAGUUUAUAUGAGGUAUUUAAAAUACUGGAAAUCAACGCAAUAGCAAUAAUAAGCCUCAAGCAGGUUUUGCCUCUUAAAUAGAACAGUAGAAUACAAACAUGCUUUCAUUUUGACUCACUCACUCAAUUCAGGUCUCAUACUCAGCUUUUAAUGGUCUUCUGUGUUUAAUCUUUACCACAAAUCCAGUUUGCCACCUGUCCAGUGUCUGUGUGGAAAAGCUACAGUAUUAUUGUGAUGUAAAUUGUAAAUAUUGCAGUUGUUAUCGUCUCCUAAUUAGUAAACAAAUUAGAGGAUAAAUACUCAAAUAAUGACACUAUAUACUCAUUGUGGCCUGUUUGUAUUGACCUUUAAUGUUGAGUCUAAAUCUGUAUUGACAGCAGUGGAAACUGAAUUGAAGACUUGGUAGACUUGAUUAGAUCGAGCUGACAUGAUAAAAAAUCUUACUUAAAUCUAUAUCCUGUUGAUCUUGACUGAGGAAAAAUCAAAAUGAAUAAAAAGUUUAAAAUUGCACUCGUUAUAUUUUAAGUUAAUUUUUAUUAAUUUAAAAUCAAUGUUUUCAUAACACUGCUGUAAAUGAAAUGUGAAUCAAAUGCCUGUUAACCUGAUGAUGGAAAAAAAUGGUAUUUGAUAACAUGACCAUCAAUGACUGAUGUUAAUAUAUCAAUUAUUAAUUUCCAGAUGUACCAUGUCUACUAUUUACCCUUUUUUUUGGUUCUAGCUGUGUAUUUUGGUAUGUGUCUACCUGUGAAUGGAGAUCGCAGAGUUCAGAUUUCUGCCUGACUGAAAGUUUUUAAAGAGGCGGUUGUUUUGCUGCUGUUUUUGGCUUGGGGAUUAUGAUGUGCAGGAGAUUAACCAUGUGUUCUCAGCACAACUGUACAUCUCCUGAAGUUCUGUUUCCGCAUUUCCUGCUAUAAUUUAUCAGUUAGUGUUCUAGUCCCAUGCCUGUCUCAUUUCAUCUCACCUGAGGCUGUCUCUUGGGGAACUGCUAGAUGAUGCUACCUUUUUUCUCUACCUGUAGGUAAAGCUGUAAACUCUCAUCACCUUCCUAAGAAUUUGAAAUGAGUGGUUUCUCUUGACAGUUUGUGGGUAAAUGACCCUUCAUGUUUAUGAUAUUUAUAAACAUUUCAUUAA